AUGUACGACACGGCCGAUCUGAACAAGGCGCGUCAGCUCAUGCUCGUCCUGCCCGAUCUCUCGGGGGCCCCUUCCAGCGUGACUUCCUCUCGCGAGCUCGUUGACAAGCACACCGGCGAGCAGGCCUUGGCGUUGAAGGCUGGAUCCCCGAUGGCUCUCGGAUCAGAGCUGGUGUUGUUCAACCCGCUUCUCAGCGAAAGCACCCUAGGAACAGACGGGACCGAAAGGACCUUUGGACCGCCGGGAGGGUUGGAUCAGCGCAUGUGGGCCAGCGGUUCGUUCGAAUUUGAGCAGGGCAAGAGUCUCCUUGUAGGCCAAGAUGUGCAGUGCGAGGUGGCUGUCGAGAGUGUACAGCCAAAGGAGGGUGCAAAGACAGGGAUGAUGGUGCUGGUGACACGGAAGCUGGUUUACUCGACAUCUGAGGGGGUGGUGCUGACGGAGAGAAGAACACACGUAUACAGAAAGCAACGACCCGCACAACAGCGCAAGUACGUCCCUCCGCCCGCAGACAAGACACCCAAGGCCAAUGACGUCGAGGAGAAGCCUUCCAACUUCGGCUUCGACUACUAUGCUACACGCGCGGCCUUGUUCCGCUACUCUGCUGCCACCUUCAACGCGCACCGCAUCCAUUUGGACCCGGAGUACUGUCGCAACGAAGAGGGUCAUGCAGACUGCCUGGUACACGGCCCACUGACAGCAACGUUGCUGCUCAACUUGAUCGACACGGCAGCGCGCGAGACUUCUGCACAGGUGAAGAAGUUCGAGUAUCGAGCCACAUCUCCGUUGACAGUGGAGCAGACGGUGCGACUGCGUGGUGCAUGGGAAGGCGAGGACAAGAAGAAAGCAUCACUGUGGGCGCUGAACGAAGCUGGCACCGCAUGUAUGACGGCCAAGGCCACACUCUUCUGA